AGCAGACAGAAAAGUUUUUGAGUUGGGAACACUGAAUUAUAGUGAAUGUCAAAAUGUCAAUCUAGUCCGCGAUCAAUAAAUAUAAUGUUUAUCAAGAACUACCGUAUUAUUAUUUUCCCCGUUUGAUAGUGUUCGCUUUAGUCACCGAACGUGACCUCGUAAAUUGUGCGUAGUGGUAUUUGUGUUUGUUUUUUUUUCGUCUUGAAAUAGUAAUUAUUGUGGUGUCAACGUUGAUCUCACUGAUAUAACAAUGUCUCUAAAUAAGCUCGUUGGGGGUGACUGUGGUGGAAAUAAUUCGCUCGUUCAAUUGUCAAAUAUUGUGAGCCGUGAUGCCCCUCAAUCAUUAUCGCAAGCAGAUAGAUUUGUUAAUGAAUUCGUCGCUCAAAACUCACAAAUGCCACAAACCUUCAAUAUGAAUGCUCUUCUUAAAAAUAUCCCUGAAGUUGAAAAAAUUUCCAAAAGUUCUCGAAUACCAUCAGGAAAUCAAAUAUCAAAUAUAAGGUCCAAUGCACAAUCUGCAUGGUUACCAGGUCCAUCCACUAUAUUAACAGGACCGACUAUGAUGAGACAAUUUCAUGCAAUGCAGCUUCCCAUGCACAUGCCUCAGACAUCUAAUGUACAAAUACAGUAUAUUAAUGAAUCUGAAAUUGAAGCUACUGCUGAUCCUGAUGUUCGUGCUAAGGCUCAAGAAUAUGUUAACAGUGUUAAGGAAGAUGAUGAGCAUGCAUAUAAUCAAUUUAUGUCAUUUAUGAAAAGAGUAAGUGCGGGUGAGCUCAACUUAGGUGAUACAUCAGAAAGUGAACAGAGAAACUUGAGUCGGGAUGCCAUUGUUGAUGAAAUGGCUGAAAAAUUCAAAGAUGAGUGGUCAAAACUCAGUGAUGUGAAUGAUUAUUGGAAUACUGAGAGUGCUAAUGGAAUUGCAGAAGAGUAUGCGUUUACUGAAGGGAAUGUGAUGUUAGAAAAUAAAAGUGCUUUAGAAUUAGGUAAGGAAAGAUUAAAAAUGGGUGAUGUACCAGGAGCAGUGUUAUGCUUUGAAGCUGCUGCUCAACAACAGCCAGAUUCAGCUGAGGCAUGGUUUUUACUUGGAACAACUCAGGCAGAAAAUGAACAAGACCCUCUUGCUAUAACGGCUUUGAAGAAAUCUCUUGCAAUUGAUCCACGCCAAUUGGAAGCAUACAUUACAUUAGCUGCAGCUUACACCAAUGAAAAUAUGCCCAAAUUUGCAUAUUUAGCAUUAGCUAAUUGGCUAAAAGGUAGUCCUAAAUAUAGUGACUUGUAUCCUCAAGAUAUGAAUCCUGAAGAAAUGAAUUUAAAGCAAUUAGAGGCAUAUGUGAUGUCUUUAUAUUUAAAGGCAGCACAAUUAAAUCCUACACAAAUUGACCCAGAUAUUCAAAAUGCUCUGGGUGUCAUCUUUAAUGCUAAUCAGGAGUAUGAUAAAGCUGUUGAUUGUUUCAAAACGGCCCUAAUGGUUGCACCUGAAAAUGCAAAACUGUGGAAUAGACUUGGAGCAACUUUAGCUAACAGUGAAAGAUCAGAAGAGGCGGUUGAUGCUUACCAACAAGCCCUACACUUGGAACCAGGAUUCAUCAGAGCAAGAUACAAUGUAGGAAUCACAUGUAUGAACUUAAAAGCACACAAAGAAGCAGCUGAACAUUUUUUGGUUGCACUAAAUCAGCAAUAUAAGGCAAAGGAUAUGUAUCCUGAUACUUCAUCAGUGGACACUAGUUCAUCAACCAUAUGGACUACCCUGAGGAUGGUUUGUUCAUAUAUGGGUGAACAUGAUGCUGCCAAAUUAGUUGAUGAGAGGAAUUUGACUGAACUCAAUAAGUUCUUCAGUGUUGACGCAUAAGAAUUACUUUGUUAUUGUCUAAAGUAAAGAAAGCUCACUUCAAUGAGUAAAAAUUUCAUAUCUUUAUAUGCAUACAUAUACAGAUAAAACAGAUUGUUUUACAUUAAAAUUAAAUCCCAUUCAGGAAUUAUUUUAUUUAAGAAUUUUGUAUGGUUAUUUUUAUCAGGUGACUAUUAAAACAUAAUCAUUAUAUUUGACAUUUGGUGGUUGUCUUUAUCAACUUGGGGCUUGGUGUAAUAAAAUUAAUUAUCAACUAGUUAUAUAAGAUUCAGUUAACAUAGAUGCAUUUGAAAUAAUUAUAUUUAAGAUUUUUUUUUUAUAUAUUUUUUAUUAUAUAUACUUAAUUCUCAAAAUGUUAAACUUGCAAAACUUUAAGUAACAUAAAUUAUUAUUAUA